AUGAUACACAAGCGUCAAUCCAAAAAUCUUGUCGAGUUCUCGGAGACUCAACUCAAACCAGCGUACCAACGCUGGCUGAGCGAUGGUACCCCGAUCACUUUCGCGACGAAGCUCCCCAAGAAGCAUGUCAACGGUUGCGCCGUUUAUCGCAGCAUGCUGACCGUUCUGGAGAUGGCCAAGCGCCUCUCCCAGCUGGAGUUCGACGUCCAGGGAGUCCGGUGCAAGAUGUACAUCAGCACCGUGUACGUCUACCUCCCUUCCUGGAAGCAGGAACUUGUCGCCUGGGGUGUACCUGUCCCGCCAGAUUCGGGCAUCCACUUCGUCGACUUCAUCGGCAAGAACCCGCGGUCCGACAGCAUCGUCGACCGCUGGGACGACAAGUCGUACCAGGAUGGCCUCCUGCCCAGCGCCUUGCCGUCACUGCUCGGCUUCAUCUUUACGCGUACACACGCGUUCAUGAUGUGCCGCAUGCUCCAGGCGGUAAUGUCUGCCAUCAACGCCGGCACGCCUUUCGCCAGCCUGAGCGACCUCGUCAAGCUGACGCCAAUUCCCAAGGACCUCCCUCCUCCCUUGGACUCGGUCACCGGUGACGCCGUGUAUCGUCUCUUCUUGGAUAUCGAUGUUGGCGACAUCGCGAACCUUAGCCUCCACGCCAAAGGGCUCGCACCCGACUAUGUGCAGACCCUGUCGGCCGACGAGAUGGAAGCCUUCAGCUCUGCUUUGUAG